AUGGAGGACUGCGGCAUGUUUGCCGUCGACUGCGUCGUAGUAUGUUGUUGCUGCCCUUGUUUUCUCCUCCAGAUCACAGUUUUUCUCUUUAUCAGAUUGCCACACAAAUUGGCUGUGAAAUCAAAGAGAAUUGUGCUGAGAAAACUGCAGAAAAGAUCGAAGAAGGAUGACAGGACCAACGAGACGGUGUUGGAUGCCGAAAAGGCUAAAUUUGGAGCUCCGUGUUGCGACUUCCGUCCUUGUGACAGGAGCUCCUCAUGUUUGGAAGCUGAGAAGGUGCUGAAGGAGCUGAUGAAGGGUGAAGGGAACUCCUGGAUGGAAGCUGAGAUGGUGUGGGAGGAGUUAAUAGCUCGAGAAGGGCUGUUUUGGUUUGGCAGCUUCUGGGGAAUCGCGGAUUGA